AUGUUCGCCUCAUUCUUCUCCUCAAAGUCACGCAGGCCAUCCGAGACGACGCCACUUCUCGCCGCAAUCGACAGAUAUCGCCGUCGCCACAAUGGGGAAGACUCGGACGCCGACGACAACGAGCCGGGCGCAGCAGGCCAGUACGAUGGCGAAGAUGAGGAAGAGUACGAAGACGAGGACCGCCAGCGAGAUGGUCCCCUGUUGCCCGUUUUCUCUCCCCAGGUCUUGGAUCGCAUACCCAUCUACAACACCACCCACGCGAUCCGCAUAAUCCUCGUCCAAAGAUGCGAAACCACCUUAUCAUGGGACCAGUUGCGAUCGCCGCAAGUCUCGCAAUUCCUCGUCAAGCCCAUCCAGCAGCAACUGCGCUCCGACCAGUUCUCGCGCGGGCUCUUAUACUGCCUACUCGCAAACUGCCUACAAUUCAAGAAGGAGGGCGAGGAGAACCCGGGAAAUGUGGGCGUCAGUAAGACACGGGCCCUCAUAUGCGAACUGCUCGCUAUGAGACUGCUAAAGGAGUACUCUACCCGCGAACUUAUCGAUGCUCUGUCGUACGACUUCGAUCCGCUGCAGGGUUUGGUCGUGUCAGGACGCGGAAACGCUACUCCAGGCGGCGCAAACUGGUCGCGACAGGCCCCUCGUUCCGCGCGCAUCUCUGCGCUGGAAAUUGCCAUUCGCGCCCAGGCCAAGAAGUUCCUCGCCCAUCCUCUGGUCGUACGCCAGCUGGAGGCCAUCUGGGCGGGCACCAUUGUCUUCCACUCUGCAGCCGAUAACCUCCAUCGCAAGCCCGACUCCUCCCAGGAACCCGGGCACAAUGCUCCUGGCAAUACAACCCCAAGGAGAGGCCCUUCGCGUCGCAUGUCGCCCACGAAGCCUGCCCCUCCUCUGCCCCCGCCCCAAUCGCUUCUCAGGCGCACCGUCACCCUCUACGAUCCACACGAGGCCUCGCUCUUCAAGCUCUCACGAUUACGUGUUCCCCGUUAUCGCAACAUGUUUUCGACAAUGUCGUUUGCCAUUAUGCUGGCCUUGUUCCUAGCUGUGCUUGUGGAGAAAUCCGACGACAUCACAGCUCUGGAGGUGCUCUUCUGGUUUUGGAGCGCGGGAUACAUGCUUGACGAAGUCGUUGGUUUCUCUGAACAGGGAUUCGGGCUGUACAUUAUGAGUGUCUGGAAUGCCUUUGACCUGGGCAUCCUUCUCAUGUUCAUGGCUUACUACAUUUUACGCCUCUACGGAAUCCUCAUGCCUGACGUCAGCCGCCACACAGUGGCCGCUAUGGCAUACGACGUUCUCGGUUCUACGGCCGUCCUCCUCUUUCCUCGUCUGUUUUCCGCCUUGGAUCACUACCGGUACUUUUCGCAACUGCUCAUCGCCUUUAAGAUGAUGGCUAUGGACCUGGUUGCAAUUCUCGUACUCAUCGUCAUAAGCUGCAGUGGCUUCUUCGUCGCCUUCAGUUUGGCUUUCAAGCGAGAGCUCGGCGCUUCGGAUGCCGCCUACGCCAUUUUCCAACUUGUCAUGGGAUUUACUCCCGCUGCCUGGGACCUCUGGGGCGAAAUGAACUUCCUCGGCAAGACCUUGCUUGCCUUGUUUCUCUUCAUCUGUCACUUCCUUAUUGUCACAAUUUUGAUCACUGUCCUGACAAACUCAUUCAUGGCGGUUGUCAAAAACGCCGACGAAGAGCAUCAAUUCCUGUUCGCUGUGAACACCAUCUCUAUGGUCAAGUCAGAUGCUCUCUUCUCUUACAUUGCACCAACCAACAUCAUCGGGUGGCUUUUGAUUCCACUCAAGUACACGAUGCCGUUCAAGAAGUUCUUGCGCAUGAAUAGGCUUGUCAUCAAGCUAACGCAUCUUCCUAUUCUGUUUCUCAUUUUCAUCUACGAGCGUGUUCUUCUAUCACAUCUCUCGUAUGGACCAACUGAUCUUGUUGAGCAGCGAGGUCGGGCAGAUACGAAAGCACCUGUGCCAGCGUUCAGUAUACGGGGUGCCACUGAGUUGUUUAGCCCUCGCCUACGCGAGCCCUCAGUUACCACGUUUCAGAAAGAUCAAGCACUUGAAGAGGUUUUCCGCCGACCUUAUCGCGACCCUAGUUUCCAAGCGAGUCCACGUUACCCGGCGCCCAGAAGGAACUCGGGCAAUGUCGUAUCAGAUUGGAUGAAGAAAAUGGGUGACGAUGAUGAGAAUACUCCACCCCAAGAUGACUCGCGAUCAGUACUGGAUCGACUAGAGGGUCGUAACCGGCCAUAUCUGCGUCGAACUAAAACGGUGGGGCAGACAAGGCGCAAGCACCCACUCGCUGCAACUAGAACUGUCGUGUCAGACCCUGACGAUGCCAUGACUCCAUUUACUGGUAUAGCAGAGGAGGAGGAGCCUGACAUGGACACGGCCGAGGCUAUGGAGGAAGUUCCACAGCAGACUGACGCUGAUGGAGACGACGAAGACGAUCAAGCGGAUACUGACCAGCAAAUCACGCCGCGCGUCAACCAGGGUCAAAAGGAAAACAAGAGGCCAAAGACAGGAUAUGAAUCGUCCGAAGACGAGUUCUUUCAGCCACCAAUGGGCCCGCCUCCACGACCGCAACCUCGUACUCCUGCUAUCGUGCCUUCGCUGUCUGGGUCAAGCUUCAAAGCGAAAGAGCCAAUGUCACCUGGUAAGAAACGAGCGAAGCCCGGCCACAAUCGCAAUACGUCGACGGGUACAAUUCUAUUCAGCCCCGUUAAGGAGACCGUGAAUGUAUCACGUCCUGUUUCCCCUGAGAAGCGACCAAAGACAGGCAAUCGUAGUGGGGCAGCCACUCCAGGACGUAUUGAUGCUUCAAGUGGGACUGGUACUCGCACCCCGAAGCUGCGAGCUCCUGCGGCUUCUGGUGCAGCCUCCCGGCCUCGUGCGAUCAUGCCACCGCGUGGAAUGUCCUCUAAUCUGCUUUCCAAGAGUCGAGAUGAUCCUUCUUUCAACACUAUUGCCUUGGACCUGGCAUCCGAUCUAGGGGAUAAUAACCUCAAUCCUAACUUUGGUAACCUCAGUGGACUCCCUGCGUCUUUUACAACGCAAUUCGAAAUGGCUGCUCGCAUGAAGGCACAUGAGCUGGCGAAGGGCAGUGAUAACGAUUCGGAGUCAAACCGAAUGAGCAGAAUUAUGCUUGCACGGAUGACGACACUCGAAGAAGGCUUCCGCGACAUGCUCCAGGAGGUCAAGGGAUUGAAGCAAGGAGAAAGCCAGAUGGGUAGCCGAGGUACAGUAUCACCGCCUCUGGAGCCCACGACGACUAAGAAGAAGGGUAAAGGCAAGAAGAAGAGUGUCAAGCGGGACAGUGAUAGUGACAGGAAGAUGGAUUCCAGUCUAUAAGACGUGGAAUAGAUGGAUGCAUUGCAUAGUUACGGUGUUUUGUGGGCAUUUGUAUGGUUUAUGUUUUUCGGGUUGGCAUUUUGCUUCAGCGAUACCCCAGGGGUUGUCGAGACUGAUUCCGGUGUUGGGUUCAGUAUGCAUUAUGCACGCCUCAUUUUUGUAUUAUCAGUAUCGCUCCAAAGCAUGAUGGUAAUUUCUAGUCCAAUACAGUGGUAUUGCGAG